AUGAACAAAACAGCUUCACAAAAUGCCGUACAGCCUACACGGACAACAUUGGACAAGCACUGCACAGUUCAGUGCGCGUCAAAUUGCGUGGUUCGGUGUACGUUAAAUUGCGCGUUGAAUUGCAUGUUUAAUUGCACGUCGAGUUGUGUGGUGGGUUGCGCGUUGACAUGCGCGAGUCGGCGCAUGUCAAAUUGCGCAGUGCGGUGCAGCCAAUGUUUUGCGAUUUGCGUGUUAAAUCGUGGUGCGGUACGGUGCAGUGCGGUGCGGUGCGUGUCGGAGCUAGCGCACACCACAAGCGGUGAGCGCCGAUGCUCCGGCGCGCAAUGCCCGGUNCCAGGUGUGGUGCGUGCGGUGCGGCGCGGACACCGAAGCGGUGCACGGCGAUGCUCGGGGGCGCAUUGCGCGGGCCCAGGCGUGGAGCAGUGCAGUCCGGGACGACGCGGUGUGCAGUGCACGGUCCAGAACGAAAAGAAAUGA